AUAGUUAAAAAAACCCAAGCUCAGUUUCAUGUCUUACUCAUCAUAUUCAUAUCAGUCCUUCUCUCUCUCAUUUCUCCAAAAACAUAUAAAAAAAUAAAAACAAGAAGGAAAUUUCUGUGUUCCGGCGCGGGAAAAUUCCACCGGCGAAGGCACUCUUUUCGAACACUCUCUCAUUCUUCUCAAUUUCUAGUAUAAGCAGAGGCUCUGAGCUUGGAGUUUGGACUUGCAUGGAUUGCUUUUUGGUUUUAUCAGUGAAUUUUAUUGACGAAGCGGCGUCGUAUAAGGUGCUUUGGGUUUGACAGAGAGUAACGGUUCGAGAUUGGAGUGUGGGAGAAGCUGAGGUUGACAGUGUGGGAGCGAGUUCAUUGAGUUAAUGCUGAGGUGACUCAGUGAGCCUGUGUUAAAAAUGUCGUUCCAACCCAAAAGUUUUUGGAUUCCGAGAGAUGCUAGCUGUCUAACUGAUGGAGAGAUGGGAUAUGAUAAUUCUUCCAGAAUAGAAUCAAAGCGUGGUAACCGGUGGUUUAUGGAUUCCAAUGGGCUGGAAUUCUUCAACAACAAGAAGCAAGCAAUGGAGGCUGUUAAUGGCAGGCCUGUUUCAGGAGUUCCACAUUUGGCUAUUUCCCCUUGGGAUAACACUUCAGGGUUUCAGUCAGUUCCAGGACAAUUCACUGAUCGCCUUUUCGGAUCUGAGCCAGUACGGACAGUCAACCUAGGUGACAGGAACAUUCAAUCUGUUGGAAGUGAAAAUAUGAAUUUGGGAAGAAAGGGUUUCGAGGAUCAAUAUGGAAAUGAUCCAUCAGUGGGUUUGUCAAUGUCUCACACCAUCGAAGAUCCCUCAUCAUGUCUCAAUUUUGGUGGAAUCAGAAAAGUUAAAGUCAAUGAAGUUAGGGACUCUGAUGAUGUUGUGUCUGCAUCUAUGGGGCACUCCUACUGUAAGGGAGACAGUAAUACAAUGUCAAUGGCUAACACCUAUAAUAAGAGUGAUGACAACGCCAUAUCGUUGGGUUCGGCUUAUAAUACUGGCGAAGAGAAUGCAAUCUCAAUAGGACCUUCCUUUAACAAGGCAGAUGAUAAUUUCAUUUCAAUGGGUCAUACCUUCAGUAAAGCCAAUAGCAAUUUCAUAUCAAUGGCUCAUAAUUAUAACAAGGGAGAUAAUAGUAUCUUAUCAAUGGGUCAGCCUUUUGACAAGGAGGAUGGCAACUUUAUAUCAAUGGGUCAGUCAUAUGAAAAGGGAGAUAGCAGUUUCAUAUCAUUAGGUAACUCGUACCACAAAGGACAUGAGAAUUUUAUUUCUAUGGGUGCAACAUAUGGUAAAGCAAAUGAGAAUUUCAUCUCAAUGGCUCCCACCUAUGAUAAGCAGACUGAUAAUAUGAUGUCAAUGGGCCCAAACUAUGACAAGGCUGAUUCGAAUGUUGUGCCAAUAGGUCCUCCCUAUCAUAAAGGAGAAAGCAAUGUAUCUAUGAGUCACAAUUACAAUAAGAAUGAGAGGACCACCAUAUCUUUUGGAAGUUUCCAUCAUGAAACUGACACAAAUCCUUCUGGCGGGAUCAUCAGCAGCUAUGAUUUGUUGAUGAACAAUCAAAACACAGCUGAGCAAUCAGAAGAAUCUGGUCUGAAGGACCCGAUUCAGUCAAACAUGGAUCCAAAUGUAGAUGAUGCUCUCAAACUUGAUUCUAAAACUGAUACUGUUUCUAAAAUUAAGGAGCCAAAGACUGCUAGGAAAGCUCCUCCAAACAACUUCCCUUCAAAUGUCAAAAGUUUAUUGUCCACUGGUAUGUUUGAUGGGGUUCCAGUGAAGUAUGUUUCCUGGUCACGGGAGAAAAACCUCAAAGGAAUCAUAAAGGGGACCGGGUAUCUAUGUUCCUGUGAUGACUGCAAUCACUCAAAGUCUCUCAAUGCUUAUGAGUUUGAACGCCAUGCUGGUGCUAAGACCAAGCAUCCCAAUAAUCACAUCUACUUUGAGAAUGGAAAGACCAUCUAUGCAGUAGUUCAAGAGCUGAAGAACACUCCUCAGGAGAUGCUGUUUGAUGCCAUUCAAACUGUGACAGGGUCUCCUAUUAAUCAGAAGAAUUUCCGGAUCUGGAAAGCAUCAUAUCAAGCCGCCACCCGUGAACUUCAGCGUAUCUAUGGAAAAGACGAAGUUGCUAUACAAUCUUGAUGCGAGAAUCUUCCUCAUUAACUUUUUGGGGGUAGAUGGGUUGCAUAGCACCAUACAAAAGCUUAUAGUAAAUUACUAAAUUAUAGACUGCAAAUUUGAAUAUUGGAGCUGGUGGAUGUUUUACAGGUAUUUUGGCUAUGUGAUAUAGUUCAUAUUGAAAGUUUAAUUAUUUUUGGAUGUUGGACA